CACUCACCCACCCAAAUGGAUUUAUAUUGGUAUUCAAACAACAAUACACACAUCAACUUAACAAACUAUACCAUCAUUGACGAGUUAGGACCGCAAUUGGAGGCCAUUCCCAGUAAAUAUCAUAUCAUUGUCGUAUUGGUCUAUACGGUAACAGCCGUAUGUGCACUGUUGGCCAACGCACUGGCCAUUUGGGUGCUUGCAUCGGGCACUCGGACGUCGGCCGAAAUGUCCAAAUAUCUAAUCAAUUUGUCCGUUUCGGACAUAAUUAUGUCGGCAUUUUCCACACCCUUUUCGUACACAAACUUUAUGUACGGCCGAUGGCUAUUCUGGCCAGGCUUUUGUCCCGUUGUAUUGUCCAUACAAGUGUUGUCGAUGUUUGUCAGCAUCUAUACACUGAUAGCCAUCGGUAUCGAUCGGUAUUACGCAAUCGUGCGGCCACUGGACACCGGCAAUUGGCUGAAAAACUUUCCGCGCGUAACAAUAGCCGCCAUCUGGUUUGCGGCUCUAUGUAUAUGUUUGGUCACCUAUUUUAAUAGCGAAGCCGUCGAGUUUGUCUGGCCGGCCACCAACCAGACAUACUAUGAUUGUCGGGAAACUUGGACCGAUCGGGCCGGUAAAGUCUAUACCAUAUCCAUGUUUGUCAUUACGUUUGCCGCACCCGUACUGGUUAUGGUGUUUGUCUACUCCUGUAUGGCCCACGCCGUAAGCCAUCGCAGACAACUGGGCCGACACUUAUCCACACAUUUAAGUCGACAAAAAACUCAGAUAAUCAAACUGUUGAUAACAGUAGUACUGGCUUUCAUCAUAUGCUGGACAGGUAUCCAAUUGUUCGGUAUAGUUGUCUGGCUGUUCCCCCAACUGAUGAGAUUUAGUACAAAAGCUAAAUACUAUGGCUAUGUUGGCAUAUAUUUUACACUUAACUGGAUAUCAAUGUUUCACUCGACGGUCAACCCUAUCAUCUAUACCUUUGUUAGCGAUAACUUUCGGUCUGAUUUGAAGUCAGUGUUGCAAAAGUUUUUCAAAAACAGACACCUGUUGUCCCGUUUCGGUACAAACAACAGCAGCACCGGUAGCCGUAGGUCACAGACAUCGCAAACAAGUAAUAAAACUAUUAUAUCGUUCAAUACAAAUGAUAGUAGUGUCGAGGUUGCGCUUAUCAAUUAA